AUGUUGAUUGUAAUAAUUGAUGCAGGACUUUGUGAAGAAUACGACAUUGAUCUAGCUAUAGAAAUUUCACAAGGACGUAGAGAAAUUAUUGUUCCUGAUACACCUGAAGAAUAUGUAAAUAUUUAUACUGAGUGCUGGGAUAAUGAGCCAGAUAAUCGUCCAGACAUGAUUCAAGUAGUUGAUCGAUUGGAUUCAAUUAUUACAAAACCAAACAUAAAAGAAAAUAAACAAAUGAAUAUAGAUGAUGAAGCAAAACUUCAAUCAUUAGCAUUACAGCGGAGUAGCGUUAUUGCUUCUUCCA